AUGACCCAACAUCAUCAACGACUGGCUGCGGCUGAUUCGACGACAUCAAGACGUUUCGAGAUCACUGUACCGUACUUGCACCUCUACACGAAUUCUACUCCGCCAUUUGGCCAUCUUUACAGUUGCGUCAUUGGCGCAGGCAUUUCCUACUUCCUUGUCCAUCCAACCGCCGCCAUGGAAACAUUCAAAUCUCUAUUUGCGAAGCCUGAUCCUCAGGCCCAGAUGCGCAAAUGCAAUGCGUUGAUGAGGCAAAACAUCCGCAAGAUCGAUCGAGAUAUCCAGACUGUGAAACAAGUCGAAUACAAGACGAAGAACCUCAUCCUCCAAGCCGAUAAGCGAGCCCAGCGCGACCCAUCUCGCGCCAAGCAAGCCCAACAAGAAGUUCGCGACUUUGCUCGUGAGCUCGUUCGCGCCCGAAAGACCUCAGCACGCCUCAUCACAUCCAAGGCACAGCUCAACUCGGUGCAGAUGCAGGUGCAGGAGGCCUUUGCUGUACGAAAGAUUGAAGGGUCCAUUCGAGCGAGUGUCGGUAUUAUGAAGGAUGUUAACUCGCUUAUCCGUCUACCGGAACUGGCUGGUACCAUGCAAGAACUAAGUGUGGAGUUGAUGAAGGCGGGCAUCAUCGAGGAGAUGGUCGAGGACUCGCUUCCUGCUGACGGUGACAUGCUUAUGGAGGACGAGGAGGCCGACGGAGAGGUUGACAAAGUCUUGGGGGAGAUUCUCAAGGACCGCAAGCAGCCCGCUCUGCCUGUGGCGCCUGUACCGGAGCCACAGAAACCCCAGGAGGAAGAGGAGGAGGAAGAAGAUCCAGAAGCUAUGAUGGACCAGAUGCGCAACCGGUUAGAGGCGCUUCGAAGUUAGUAUACGUUUGGUGAUGAGGCUUGCUUGGUUAGCUGUUGUUCGAAGAUGCCAGUUGUUCUUCAUCAUGGGAGGAGUUGGGGGAGUUUGGCGUAUCUACAGUUUUGGCAUACACUCGAUCCUACAAAGACUUGUUGAGGACUAUAGGAUUGGCAUUACAUUGUCCGUAGUUUGCACUACGACGAGAUAUAUAACCGUGUUUCAUGAUAUUCUUUUAUGCCACUUGUUAUGAUCACCA